AUGGCGAAUUUGCCAUGGGACUAUACAUCAAAACAAGCCCAAGAGGAUGCUCAGCUCAAUCCCACGCAAUGGGACAUAUUCCUUAGAGUCACGCGUGAGAUAACGAAUAAACUGCGAGAGAAGGAUCCAAAUUUGAAGUUCAGGGACAUAACAGAGAGCGUCAAGAAGGACUGCCUAGAAAAUGUGAAUAAGCAGAUGGUAGAGCAAGGAUGCCCUGAGGUGACGCGAGCAAUUGUCGACUGGCGCGUCGCAAAGGCGUUAGCUAUAUCUAGAAGUCAUGCUAAAAACCUAGGCAAACAAAAUAGCUCGCAGAGCGCUAGCAGCGCGGCAACGUUUUACGAUCCUAUUCGAGACAAGGACAGGCUGGUAUAA